UCGCGCGGCGUGUUUGCGUGGGAAGAGGAGAGGAGGGGCCUGGCCUGGGAAUCCGCUGCUUCCCAUUCCAGGCGCAGGGGUACAACAUGGCGGAUUAGGAGGCGAGCGACGAGCCCGGAUACAACCAACAAAUCGUGGGAUACUGAUUCCCCGUGUCGCGGAGAAGGCAGGAAUAUAGGCUUUUCGGAAAGCUAGCGCACACCUUUAAGACUUCCCGAGACAUGCAUUUUGGAUACCAGUAAGCGCAUUAUUUGCUUUGCCACACUCCAAAUUGGCUGUCUGUCCGAGAUCAUUCCUAUCACCCAGGCCCCCCACCCCGAACACACUCUCGGUUCCUGGGGUGUGGAGACAGGGGCCGGGGAAGUGAAAAAAAAAUCGCACUUUUAUCUGGAACAUCAGGUUCCGUGGCGCGGGACAGUACUGUCAAGGAGAUCAUUGUGCGGAUGAGUGAGUGAUGCAAGUUUCGUUUCUCCAGGGCAGUAUGGGUGUGUGUCCCCUGCUCCUGCUACUCGUAGCCUUUGUGGCCCUCAGCACGGCCCAGACACUCCCUGGCCCUUCAGGUCCAGUCCUGACCACCAAACCUUCACACCCUCCUUCCACAUCACCCGCUACAUCCAUCCAGGAUCCCCUAUCAUCCACCCCAUCUGCGGCUCUGUCUCCUGAACUUGCAACAAAAGGACUCAAUGACUCCACGGGCGUGGGGACCCCAGAGGCUCCCAUUGCACCUCCUGUUGUUGUCCCUUCAACUGUGCCUGUCUCUACCGAGGCACCACCUGUCCCCCCAAACCCAUCUGCCGUGUCCCCGUCCCUCACCACUGUCAAGACUACAUUUUUAGCUACAUCAGAGCCCCCUACACCUGAGCCAACACCCACUCAGCCCACUUCAGAGCCUGAGACAGACACUCCAUCGGCCCCUACAGAUGCCACCACAGCUGACAUCAGCAAGCCUCCAGAUGAUGAUGGGCAAGAUGACACUGCGAUCAUGGCGGUGAUGGUUGCCCUGUCCUCUCUGCUGGUCAUUGUCUUCAUCAUCAUUGUCCUGUAUAUGCUCAGGUUUAAGAAGUACAAGCAGGCAGGGAGCCACUCCAAUUCCUUCCGCCUGACCAAUGGCAGAGCUGAUGACACAGAGCUUCAGAGUGUGCCGCUAUUGGCUCGCUCUCCUAGUACCAACAGGAAGUACCCGCCCCUUCUCGUCGACAAGCUGGAAGAGGAUAUGAACCGCCGAAUGGCUGAUGACAAUAAACUCUUCCGGGAAGAAUUCAACGCGUUGCCUGUAUGUCCUAUUCAGGCCUCAUGUGAUGCUGCCUCGAAGGAGGAGAAUAAGGAGAAGAACAGAUAUGUCAACAUCCUGCCCUAUGAUCAUUCUAGGGUGCAUCUGACGUCUUUAGAGGGUGUUCCAGACUCAGACUACAUCAACGCUUCAUACAUAAACGGUUACCAGGAGAAAAACAAAUUUAUUGCUGCACAAGGUCCAAAGGAGGAAACGGUCAAUGACUUCUGGAGGAUGAUCUGGGAACAGAACACUGCAACCAUAGUCAUGGUAACCAAUCUGAAAGAGAGAAAAGAGUGUAAAUGUGCUCAGUACUGGCCCGACCAGGGAUGCUGGACCUAUGGAAAUAUCCGCGUGUCAGUGGAGGACAUGAUGGUUCUGGUUGACUACACCAUCCGCAAGUUCUGCAUUCAGCAGGUGGGUGAUGUGUCUGGUAAGAAGCCUCAGAGGCUGGUCACACAGUUUCACUUCACCAGCUGGCCUGAUUUCGGGGUUCCUUUCACUCCCAUUGGCAUGCUGAAGUUCCUUAAGAAGGUCAAGACCUGCAAUCCACAGUAUGCUGGACCCAUAGUGGUUCACUGCAGUGCGGGUGUCGGCAGGACAGGGACCUUCAUCGUGAUAGAUGCUAUGCUGGACAUGAUGGGGGCAGAGAGAAAGGUCGACGUCUUCGGAUUCGUCACACGGAUCAGAGCCCAGCGCUGUCAAAUGGUCCAAACCGAUAUGCAGUAUGUGUUUAUAUUCCAAGCUUUGCUAGAGCACUACCUGUACGGAGACACAGAGUUAGAAGUGACGUCUCUGGAGUCUCACCUGAAUAAGCUGUAUGCUCCUUUACCUGGAGCUGGCUGUGGAGGCCUGGAGGCAGAGUUUAAGAAACUUACCUCCAUUAAAAUCCAAAAUGACAAGAUGAGAACAGGGAACUUGCCUGCCAACAUGAAGAAAAAUCGUGUUUUGCAAAUCAUUCCAUAUGAGUUUAACAGAGUGAUCAUCCCUGUAAAACGAGGGGAGGAGAACACUGACUACAUCAACGCCUCUUUUAUAGAUGGUUAUAGGCAAAAGGACUCCUACAUGGCAUGUCAGGGGCCGUUACAGCACACUAUUGAGGACUUCUGGAGAAUGAUCUGGGAGUGGAGAAGCUGCUCUAUUGUUAUGCUGACCGAGCUGGAGGAGAGAGGACAGGAGAAGUGUGCGCAGUAUUGGUCUAGUGAUGGUGUGAUGGUUUGCGGGGACAUCUCUAUUGAGUUGAAGAGGGAGGAGGAAAGUGAAAGCUACACUGUUAGGGACCUCCUCGUCACCAAUAACAGAGAAAAUAAGUCCCGCGCUGUGAGGCAGUUUCAUUUCCACGGCUGGCCAGAGGUGGGCAUCCCGUCUGACGGGAAGGGUAUGAUCAACAUCAUAGCUGCAGUUCAGAAACAGCAGCAGCAGUCUGGAAACCACCCAAUCACUGUGCACUGCAGUGCCGGAGCAGGGCGCACGGGGACAUUCUGUGCUCUGAGCACGGUCCUGGAGCGGGUGAAGGCAGAGGGCAUCCUGGACGUUUUUCAGACGGUGAAGAGUCUAAGACUACAGAGACCGCACAUGGUGCAGACACUGGAGCAGUACGAGUUCUGCUACAAAGUGGUCCAGGAAUACAUUGAUGCUUUCUCUGACUACGCCAACUUCAAGUAAAGCCCCGCCCACCUGCAGAAGAUUGGACAGACUUUCCCAGUCAUGCACUCACGUCCACAC